AUGCCAAGUUCAGUAGCAUGCCUCCAAGCAGAGCAAUUCGGACUGCACAGUAAAACUUGUCUGACGCGUUCCACAUUUUCUGGGGUACGUACCAUUUGUGGGGCAACCACCGGUCUGCUAUUCUUUAGUGUACCUCGUCCUCUUGUAUGUGUUGUAUCUGUUCUGUCUGUCUAUCUAUCUAUCUAUCUAUCUAUCUUAUUCUGUUUAAUCCACGUGUGCUCGCAUCUAUCUAUCUAUCUAUCUAUCUAUCUAUCUAUCUAUCUAUCUAUCUAUCUUAUUCUGUUUAAUCCACGUGUGCUCGCAUCUAUCUAUCUAUCUAUCUAUCUAUCUAUCUAUCUAUCUAUCUAUCUAUCUAUCUAUCUGUUCAUGUGCAUAUCUAUCUAUCUAUCUAUCUAUUUAUCUAUCUUUCUGUCAGUCUGUCUAUCUAUCUAUCUAUUUCACUCUGUUCAGUCUAUCUGCAUGAAUGUCUAUCACAGACUGCACAUUUCUAUCUAUCUAUCUAUCUAUCUAUCUAUCUAUCUAUCUAUCUAUCUAUCUAUCUAUCUAUCUAUCUAUCUAAGUUCAGUGUGCAUAUAUAUUUAUCUACCUCAGUCUAAACAUAUCUAUCUCAAUGUAAUCAUAUCUAUCUAUCUAUCUAUCUAUCUAUCUAUCUAUCUAUCUAUCUAUCUAUCCCACAGUUUUUUUUUAUCUAUCUAUCUAUCUAUCUAUCUAUCUAUCUAUCUAUCUAUCUAG